AAAAAAAAAAAAAAACAGAGAAGGGCCAGCACCCUUCUUUUCUCUUUCAAUCAACCAUCAACCUCACUCUCUAAUCUUCUCCAGAAACGAGCAAAACAGAAAAGGAAGAGAGAAUGCAAAACCAUCCCGAUCUCCCCUUUUCGCCUGCAAAAAAGACGAGCAAAAUCUAAAAUUUCCUUACUUCUAUGGGGGAUUGACGAGAGGAGAGAGAGAAAGGUAAGAAACGAAGCGAUCUCUCCCAUUCCGAAGAAGAUGAGAGUGAGUUCCAACGCCAGAGGCGAUGACGGCGGCGGAGGGAGAAGAAAAGGGGGUCGCCGACAAUGAAGGGUGAUUUUUGCCGGCGGCGACUGAGAACUGGAGCGUUUGGCAAAGAAAGAAUGAGAUCCAGAAGAAGAAGAAAACGCCGGCAAUGAGAUUACUCCGUACUCAACGACGAGUCCUAGGGUCGGAUCUAGGGAAGCUAGGCGAAGGAGACACUAGCAGAGGGGUUUGAGGAAGACGAUUUAGAUCUGAAUUUUUUUGGAAUCAAAAGUCUGACUACGAAUUGAAUGAUUAUGAAAGGGAGAAUGAACUAAUGGAUUCGGUUAUAACCCUGAUGCGGAAUGGAAGGGUUUCUACGAACUAAGGAAAUAAGAGCUAAUUCUGGGUUCCAAUCUUCUCCAU